AUGGCGAACAGUAGUGGUGAAGUACAAGAGCGGGGGAUAGUGGUGGUGCAAGAAGAAGCACACCCUUAUGCGUUUCAUGUUUCUGGGCCUCGAAAUGUAGCUUCUCCUAAUUGGAGAGAUCUCAUCAAUUCUAGUUGGAAGAAUGAGAACUACAAGCGAACAGUAUUUUCAUGCUUCAUUCAAGCAGUUUAUUUGCUUGAAAUUGACAGACAAGAGAAUAGAGCAGAAGAAAAUGCACUUGCUCCAAAUUGGUGGCGAAGCUUCAAAUACAAAUUGACCCAAACCUUAAUUGAUGAAAGAGAUGGAUCUAUAUUUGGUGCGGUACUAGAAUGGGAUCGAGCUGCAGCAAUAGCUGACAUGAUCCUUAUCAGACCUAGUGGAGCACCAAAGGCUGUUUUAGCACUUCGAGGAACAUUACUCAAAGGCCCUACAAUCCGGAGGGAUAUCGAAGAUGACCUCCGUUUUCUAGCCUGGGAAAGUUUGAAAGGUUCUGUCAGAUUCAAAAUAGCAUUGGAGGCUUUAAAAUCAGUUGCUGAAAUGUAUGGAAGCAGCAACGUCUGUGUUGCUGGUCAUUCCUUGGGGGCUGGUUUUGCUCUCCAGGUGGGAAAAGCAUUAGCUAAAGAAGGUAUGUAUGUAGAGGCCCAUUUAUUUAACCCACCUUCUGUUUCUAUGGCAAUGAGCUUAAGAAACAUAGGAGAUAGGGCUGGGUUUGCUUGGAAGAGAUUUAAGUCGAUGCUUCCUUCAAGUUGUGAAGCUCAGGCCACCAGUGAUGAGGGAGAGAAGAAUUCUACUGUAGGAUUGAGAAACUGGAUACCUCUUUUGGGUUAUAAAACUUCUAUGGGAUUAAAAAAUUGGGUGCCUAAUUUGUAUGUGAACAAUAGUGACUAUAUCUGUUGCUCCUACACUGACCAGGAUGGAACUGAAGGUAAAGAAGCUAAUAAGGAGAAUGCAGGUCCUGCAAAUGGGCAAGUUGCAGCAAAACUGUUUGUUAUGUCUAAGGGAAAACAGAAGUUUCUUGAAGCUCAUGGAUUAGAGCAAUGGUGGUCUGAUGACGUGCAACUUCAACAGGCUCUACAUAACAGCAAGCUCAUAAGCAGGCAGCUGAAAUCGUUGUAUACUUUCCCAGCCGCUCAACCAACGCAGCGAACGCCUCAAUGA